AUGAAUAGAGUAUUGUUUGCAACUAGAGUCUUGAAGCAAACUAGAUUAGGAUGUAGGACAUUUUCAGCAGAAGCAGCAAAAGUAAGUUUCAAGGGCUAAAACAAUGUUAAAAUACGUUAUUUAUACGUUUUCUAUUUUGAAACUUAAAAAUUUGUAAUAUUAAACAUAGUAUAUUAAUUUUUUAGAUUUAACGGUUAAUAGAUUAUGUUUCAGGCUGAAAAAAGUUUACAAAAACCAUCACAAAACUUUUUGAAGACAACAGAAGCUCAAUCUUACUCAGCCUAUGUUCAGAAGGAGAUAGAGAAGGGAGCAUGGACACCAUUAUGGUUGGUAGCAUUGAAGAAGCGUUUAAAGAUCAAAAACGAGAUCCAAGCUUCUGUGGACAGUGAAUUAAAAGCAGUAAGGUUUUGGAUUAAUGGUUCAUUUGAUUUUUAGUUACUUGACAAAGCAGCGACAUUGUUAUACUACGACUGCGCAAACAAUUAUCCUUAUAUACGGCUGCUAAAUGGUAAUUUUUAUUUUGUGGGUAUAUAGUUUUGCGUACCUUUUUCUUAAAUAGUAUACAACGUGGCAGAUUAAAGAGUAAAUCAUGCUGUUUUAGUUAAUAUAGGUAGUAAUACGGUCUUUUAGAGUUUCAAUUGGAAGAUCGAAUAAGUUCAUGGUACAAGAUUACAUUGUUGCACAUAUGGUAAGAUUCUGAAUUAUUUUUAGGUGUCUUUAUGAACAAUUAUGAUAACUUUAUGGAUUUUAGUAUGUGCUUGUUUAAAAUGCAGUCGAAUCUGGAUGCAGGAGCUUAUAAUCAACUUCGGGAUUCAAUGUUGAAUGCUUUUUGGUUUGACGUCGAUAAAAGAUUGGAAAUUUUGUCGGUAAGUGUUUCUUGUCAGUUGAAAAUCUAUUAAAAAUAGAUGAUCUAUGGCAAUAUUGGCCAAAAAUCAUAACAUAAAGCAUCAUAUUAGAUUUUUGUACUAUUCAAAUUUAUAAAUAUCUUUUUAGGACGAAUACGAUACCAAGUUAAAUUCGAAAAAAGAUAUGGAGAAAAUGCACGGCGUCUACUUGCAAGCAUUGUUUGAGUACGACGAAGGGUUCUUGUCUCCUGAUGUUGUUUUAGCUGGCGCUUUGUGGAGGAAUCUGUUUAUGGCAAUACCUGUAGAACCCGUUCAUUUGAAUAAUGCUGUGAGAUACACAAGAGCUACUGUAAGUUACAAAUUUUUAAAAAUUUUAAAUGAAGCUUGUUAUGAUGUUCAGGAAAGUCGUUAUAGAUUUUUUCUGAUUUUGUGCGUCGUCUUUUAAAAGACGAGGUGAAUUCAUUUUUUUAAACAUAAAAGUAAAAUAUGAGGUGCUUUUCUAAUUUAUUUUUCAAAAUUAUAGGUUUUAAUAUUGAAAUUGUGUACCUGUUAUAAUUUAAGAUUGCCUUCCUCGACUCGAUCGAAGUGAAUGAAAUCAUUGUCUGCGGUGUUAAGAAAUGGGAGCCAGCAGAACAGCUCAGAUUAUCAUAG